UGGCAGCUCCCAGCGGUUAGACUUUGUUUUUAUGGUAGACAGCGUAAGAGAUGGACACAGACAGAAUCCUUGGUGUUGGACAGUUGGUUGAUCUAAAAUGGAAAGUGGGUGUGGCCAUGAGUUCAGAUAUAUGUCGUAGUUUGAACAGUUCCUAUGUUGCUAUGGCGAUCAAGGUUGCAGAUCCAUCAGGGAAGGUUACAAGUCAUAAAUUUGAGAUGUCAGUUCAGCAAUUCCAGAAUUUUUCCAAGCAACUAAAGGAUAUUGCUAGUGCAAUGGAAACAGUAUGAAGAUGUCACUUGAUUCAGGGAAUGGUGGUUGAUCAUAGAAAACUUUCCUCAGGGUCAGUACCAGCAUGGAGGUCAGGAGCUUGAGCUGAAUGUUCAUUAUACUGACUGAUUGUAUGGUUAUUGUGAAUCUCCAAAUUUUUCAGAAUUAUCUGGUAGUAAAGUUUUAUGUUAUAUGACACUAAGUAUGAUUCAGGAAACAAGCAAAACGUUGUAUGGUACUGGACUAGUAAAGCUGAAUGAUCUGUUCAGGGCUUAAGAAUGCUGUAAAAAUUGUUGUUGAGGACCAAGAUGACUUUUAGGUGACACUGAAUCGAUCUGAUAGAACUGGAAGUUAUUAAUGAUCUGUGUAAGGCCUGAAAAUAAGAAGACACACAGGAUGAUACAGGCUGAUCUCACUGAGAGCAAAGUAAAUAAGAAUUUGUUGUAGUUAUCUGUUAAUUGUUUUAUAGCAGACAUUUUCAUCCUCACACAAAUGUAAAACAAUGCAGGAAGUUAAAAAAGGCCCUGUGUAUGUACAAAAACAAAUGAUGCCAAAAAUAUUUCUUAGUGAAAAAAUAUUGUUCUAUAUAUAUUAAGUGAUGCUUUAUCUUUAAAUAAAAUAAAUGUAGUUAUUUCCUUUAAAACUGGAAAUAGUCAAAAACAUCUAUUACACAUUUUUAAAAUUUUCAUAACAAAACAAAAAACAAAGAUAAAAAAUCCAGGAAAAUAAUUGAAGCCUGAAAUACUAAAAGUGUUGUUUUUCUACAGUUAAGGAUGAAAAAGUUUUGUUUGCAUGAAUUGAAUUUGUUAAGAUUAAAUACUCUGUGACUGAUUUGAAAGUGAUUUUACUAAGAUGUAUAUGAAUAGGUGUCCACCAGAUAUCAUUAUAACAGAUUACUGAGAACUUUUAUGCAUCAGAGAAGUUUUGUGAAUCAUCAGAUUUGCAAAUUGUUUUAGCUUUUAGAAUUCUUAUAAUUCAACAUUAUGCUUUGAAUGUUUUUCUGUUAAACUGAAAGCACAGCUUGGUUUACUGGAUUGACUAUAAUUCUAGUGUUGCUUCCAGAAAAACAUUUUUGUCUGUUUAAAUGGGUCAGGUGUGAAAAAUGAAAAGAAAUGUGUUGCAGUGAUAACAAUUGGAGGAGAAAGAAGGAUGGAGUUCUUAUCCAAUUUUGUAAUUUUUUACCUCUUGAUCAGCUGGAAAUGAGGAUUUCAAUUCAGGUACCUGUAUUUACAAGCUUAAAGCAGGUGAAGUUUCAUUAUUACUUUGUCUGUGGACAGAAACUUUUGAUUACAUCCAAAUGUCUUAUGGAUAUUGUAUUGCAGUAAUUUAGGACAGAGUGCAUGACUACAAUUUGAAACCGUUUAUCAAUAAUAGAAGGAAAUUCUACUUUAAUUCCUUGCUUUUAAAAUCUAUUUGUCACAGAGUAUUAAAUCUGUUUAUUUAUUUGUUGUAGUUUAUUUAUGUCAUUUUUUAUGAUACAUAUCUUCAGUAUCAUUUGUUUCAUUCAUUAUAAUGUACCUGGAUAUACACAAUUAAUAUUUAUGUGAGGGAGUGUUAGGAAAUAUCUGAUGGUCUUUGUUUAUCAAAGUCAUUUAAGUUAUUUAUCAUGUAUUCAAACUAUGUUAUAUAUAGGACAGAAAUCUCCAGCAAACACAAAUCAUAUCAAUAUUUUAAAACAUGGAAUAAGUUAGGAAGCUGAUAUUUAGCUAGAAUAAACAGCUGGACAUGCAGUCAGAAAUCUUAGAUAACCAAGGUGCGAAUGUCAUCAAUAUGUGGGUCACCAAUGCAGAACUACUGUUUGUGUGCAAACUUUAAACAUACAUCUGUGUUGUUUAUAAAAAUUGCCAAUUCUUCAAAUUAAAUGCUAAAAAAUUGCAGUAUUAUGAAAAAUUGAAAUACUUCCCAUCAUAAUUUUUAUGUGUUUAUGUAAUAUUAGACAGUAUGGUGAAAUGAUUAUAAUUACCGAUAUAUUUCAUUACUUUUAGCUUAAUUUUUCAUAAUUAAUUAUUUAGAGUGUUUAUUUUUGAUCU